UUUUGUAAAACAAAAGUUAUUCUUUAGAUUAUUUUUAAUAAGAUUUUUCCAUUAUCUCACUCACUAUACUCACUCCUGUAUAAGCUUCUAGAGCAAGAAGAAGACGACUCAAUUCGAAUUCAGGAAGAUCAAGAUGGAUACCAAACCGACUGAGAUCAGCAGCUCAAAGAUGUUUGGAGGAUUCAACAAGAGAUACAAGCAUUUCAGCCCAACUCUCGGUUGCUCCAUGACUUUCCACAUCUACUUCCCUCCUUCUCCUCAAUCUCUUUCCAAAAAAUUUCCUGUGCUUUACUGGCUCUCAGGCCUCACUUGCUCAGAUGAGAAUUUUAUAACAAAGUCUGGAGCACAACGUGCUGCUUCAAGUGAGAGUGUUGCUCUGAUUGUUCCUGACACAUCUCCAAGAGGUUUGAAUGUGGAAGGAGAGGCAGAUAGCUGGGAUUUCGGUGUAGGUGCUGGAUUUUAUCUCAAUGCUACACAAGAGAAGUGGAAGAACUGGCGUAUGUAUGAUUAUGUUGUCAAGGAGUUGCCAAACCUUGUGAAAGAAAAUUUUCCACAGCUCGAUACUUCACGUGCCUCGAUAUCUGGUCAUUCCAUGGGUGGGCAUGGUGCUCUAACAAUCUACCUUAAAAAUCUCGACAAGUAUAAGUCAGCAUCAGCCUUUGCACCAAUUGUGAAUCCUACAAACUGUCCUUGGGGCCAGAAAGCUUUCACAAACUAUCUUGGUGGCAACAAAGCUGAUUGGGAGGAAUAUGAUGCCACUAACCUUGUAGCUAAGUUCCGUGACGUUUCAGCAACAAUUCUAAUCGAUCAGGGAGAAGAUGACAAGUUCUUGGCCGAUCAGUUAAUGCCGCACAAGUUCCAAGAGGCUUGCAAAGCUGCUAAUGUUCCAUUGCUACUGCGAAUGCAGCCCGGAUACGAUCACUCUUACUAUUUCAUUGCCACCUUCAUAGAUGAUCACAUUAGCCACCAUGCUCAAGCUCUUAAUCUCCCAUGAAGGUUAGCAAAACCCGGAAACCUCGGUCGACUAUAAGCCUUAUAUAUUCUGUUUUCGUUUGUGCAAUAGUUGGUUUUCGGGUGAGAACUAUGUUAUAGUGAAAAACAAAUCAGUCCACUUGUAGUAAAAGGAUUUGCUGGAGAUGUUCAUGUUUGUUGUGUGGAUUGGAAUUUAAGCCUUGUCAGUGUUACUUUUGCUAUAUACAUCUUCACUUUUAUAUAACUAUUGUAGUUAUUCUGAAUGCUCUUCUUUUUAACUCGAAUCGAUAAUUUGAACAAA